GAGUCAAUAGAUAAAUCAUUGGUUUUUUUUCUCUAUUUUUUGAUUAUUUUUAUCAAACUAGGUGUUUUAUUAAAUUUGAAAACAAAAUCGAUGUUGAAGAGAAAUAAUUGAAAAGUAAACACGUAAGCGAAAUCAAUAACCAAUCAUGACCACAUACCCAAUGGCGCAACCAGUUCAAACAGUUGCGGCACCUGCACCGGCUCCGCAUGCGGUCGUAUCUACUGCACCGCCUCAAAGCACUUUAAAAGUGGCGGCUAUCCGUGGCUUAGGUAUCACGCAAAUUGUUAUUGGAACAAUAUCUGUUGGAUGUGGGAUUGGUGCAGCUGCAGGACUGCACAGUAAUUGGGCAAACGGCGGUGGGUACGCCAUAUGGGGCGGUAUUUGGAUUAUUAUAACUGGUAUACUUGCCACUUCGUCUGCAUCCCAUCCAAAUAAUCGAUGUCUGCUUGGUACUUCAAUGGCGUUCAACAUUGUGUCAACAGUUGCUUCAUUUUAUGCUGGGGUCAUGUAUGCCAUCGUCUUAGGGCACUACUCCAAUUGUUCUGCGAUGUAUUACGUCAGAUACCAUACCUACUACUACAGGGUACCCAGUUACAGCUACUACUACAGCUACACUUAUUACACUCUCCACACCGAUUAUUAUCACACCUAUUACAAGUAUUAUGGCAAAUUUGGUUGCAAUGUACAUAAAAACGCUGGUAAAGCCAUCUACGCUGUUCUUCUCACAUGUAUGAUCAUCGAGUUCUUUGUUGCAUUGACAGCUGCAAUUCUUUGUUGCUUGGUUUCUUGCUCAUGUUGUGGAGCACCGUCACGAUCACGAGGAAUUGUUUUCCAAACUCAACCACAGCAAGUCACCACUUACACUGUGCAAACAAACCAAACGUACCCAGUAACUGCUGGGGUCAUGAAUCCUGUUCCCUACAACUACCAACAGCAGCUGCAAUAUCAACAACCACCACCAAUGCAACAACCCCAACAUCAUCAACUGGAUCAACAUCCACAAGUGCAACUGGUACAACCCGGUCCAAGUUAUGAAGAGAAAGCUCAGAUGACAUAUCCACCUCCAUCAUACACGCAAUAAGUUUCUCCCAAAUACAUCGGGCUAAAUGAUAUUUGUAUUUUAAAGAUAACUUUUUGUCGUCAUUUAGAUGCAUCAUGUAAAUAUACUUUAUUAAAUAUGCACAAAGGCAUUAUACAGAACUGGUUUAUAUGAGUGAAGGAAGAUAUGUAAAGAGAGCGAAGAUGAUAAAAAGAACAUUGGCCAUUCACAACCACAGUUAUUGUGCACUCUGAGUUUGACUAUGCACUAUGUAAUUUAAAAUUUAUGUAAUUUUGUAAAAAACGAAUUGUUAAUUUUUAAUUCUA